AUUCCCCUGAUCGCUACCCUCGCCCGCUCGCAGUCGCCGCACCCCAAAUCCACAGGGCCAUCCCCAUCCAGAUCCAGGCGUCGAUGCUGCGCCGCCAGCCCACCCGCAUCGACCUCCGCAGCUCCGACCGCGACGAGCUCGAGGAGCACCUCCGCUCCAAGGCCGCCGCCGCCGCCGCCGCCGCCAAGUCCGCCGCCGAAUCCACCCCACUCUCGACCCCGCGCCCGUCCAACCCCAUCUCCAACCCGCUCCUCCGCCUCCUCCACCCGCCGCCCGACGCCGCGCCCUCCAAGGCCCAGCGCAUCGGCCUCCACCCCCCGCCCCCCCAGCCCUAGCCGCACCCCCACCCCCAUGGAGGUCGAGAUCAAGCUCCGGCUCCCGGACGCGGCCGCGCACGGGCGCCUCUCCUCCUUCCUCGCGCCCCGCCUGCUCCGCACCGACGCCCAGCGCAACGUCUUCUUCGACGCCCCCGCGCGGCCCCUCGCCGCCGCCACCGCCGCGCUCCGCGUCCGCCUCUACGGCCCCGACGACCGCGCCCCCUCCCGCGCCGUCCUCGCGCUCAAGCGCCGCCCGCGCAUCCACGCCGGCGUCAGCCGCGUCGAGGAGGUCGAGGAGCCCCUCGACCCCGCCCUCGCCCUCGCCUGCCUCGACGACCCCGCUCGCCUCGCCGCCGUCGACUCCCCCAUCGUCCGGCUCGUCUCCGACGAGUACGGCGUCGGCGGGGACAGAGCGCCGUUCGUCUGCCUCGGCGGGUUCCGGAACACCCGCGGCGUGUAUGAGCUCGGGGAGGGCGAGGGGCAGGGGCUCGUGCUGGAGCUCGACGAGACGCACUUCGAUUUCGGCACCAACUACGAGCUGGAGUGCGAGACCGCGGAGCCCGACCAGGCCAAGGAGGUCCUCGAGCGGCUGCUCACGGUGGCUGGGGUGCCGUAUGAGUACUCCCGGAGCAAUAAGUUCGCGUGCUUCAUGGCCGGGAAGCUGCUUCCAUGACUAGAUGGAGAUCUUCGUCAAGACCCUCGCCGGCAAGACGAUCACCAUCAAGGUUGAUCCAUCUGACACCAUCUACGUGGUCAAGGCAAAGAUCCAAGAUCAGCAGCGCCUUGUUUUCAAUGGGGGGCAGCUUGAAGAUGAGCGUACUCUGGCUGAUUAUGACAUCCAGGAUGAAUCCACUCUCACCCUCGAUCUGCCCAUCCAAAGGAGGAGGAUGCUAAUCCGUGUCAAAACGCAUUGCAAAUCCACCCUCUGUAAGUUGGAGGAAGAAGCUAUUG